GCUGUAGCUUGACGGUCGUGUCUCAGAGCACUGAGCAGUCAAAGGGAGGAAACAGGUCUUCAUUGUGGCGAGGCUUGACUUUAACGUACAGUUUGUACUGUUAUAUAAUCUUCGUUGGGUGUCUCCUCUCUUCUGUUGUUGAUUCAGACCGGGAUGGCGGAACCGAGCGGCAGAUAUCAGCAGCUGCCCAAUGAGGAGGACCCAGAAGAGAGUCCACAGGUAGCAGCUGACGCCCCACCCCCAUACAGCAGCAUCACAGUGGACAAUGCUGCCUACUUUGACUACAAGGAAGACGGGGCUUUCCCCAAGCCUCCAUCAUACAACGUCGCGACUACGCUACCUUCCUAUGACGAAGCAGAAAGAACCAAGGCUGAGACUACUGCUCCUCUCGUAACUGGAAGACAGCCUCAGAACAGGGAACGCCUGGAGACUUUUGACGAUGUAAUUCGCAGUUCACUGGAGGAUGAAGACUUUGUGACCAGAGACGACUUUGAAGACGCCGAUCAGCUGAGGAUAGGAAAUGACGGCAUCUUCAUGCUCACUUUUUUCAUGGCAUUCCUGUUCAACUGGAUUGGUUUCUUCCUGUCUUUCUGUCUGACCACCUCAGCAGCCGGUCGCUACGGGGCCAUCUCAGGCUUUGGGCUUUCCCUCAUCAAAUGGAUCCUCAUAGUCAGGUUCUCCACAUACUUCCCUGGUUACUUUGAUGGACAGUACUGGCUGUGGUGGGUGUUCCUGGUGUUGGGCUUUUUGCUCUUCCUUCGAGGAUUCAUCAACUACGCCAGAAUCCGCAAGAUGGCUGACACCUUCUCCACCCUGCCCCGCACCCGAGUCCUCUUCAUAUACUGAGCUCACAAUCCAUCAUUUUCCAUCACUCCCCCCACCCCUCCCCCACAUUCGGUGAAACAUACUAUCUGGCUUUAUCCAAUCAAAAAAGGGAGAAAAGAACAUUUCCCCCCAUGUGCUUGACAUGAUUUGGACGAUACAUCUAUUGUCCCCUCUUGGUGUAAAAUAGUGAAUGCUGAGAAAAUCUGUAAAACCCUCCAGUUGUUAGUGGUGAACUGUCAAGUGCUAUUUUGCAAUUAUGAAGUGUGUGAUGUAUAAAAUGAAUGCCUUAUUUACUGUUUUACUGUCUGUUGGUAGCAGCAGCAUGAACUGUCCUCCUGUUUAGCCACCAGGGGGCGGUCUUGUUUGUGUUAUAUCAGAUGAAGUCAUAUGUAUAGAGGGAUGGCUCUCAGCCCAGGAGUCAGUGGGUUUUUUGGGGGUUAUGCAUUGAUUUACGCAGUGUGAAAUAAUAUAUUUCAAGUACCAGUUUAAUGUGCUUUUAACCCUUCUGACCAAUUCUUUUGUCCCUUGUGAAAUAGUGUAUAAUUCAGGUAAUACAAGAUUGAAAAACAUUUGCUUUUUGGGUUCAGGGGCUGAUAAAGUUGAGGAUGUAUAGAAGAUCAGGGGCUGGGUUUCCCCUAGAGCAUUUUUUCCUAAUUUAUUUAGAAAUGCUUACACUAGCUGUAAUCAGGAGUGUUGAUUCCUUAUAUAUAUAUAACAUAUAUAUGUCAGCAAAGAGGUAAAGCUGCAGGGAUGUCGCUGCCCUACUCAAAGACACAGUGAUGGGGAUGGAAUAAGCUGAUAUGUGCAAUUCAACCGUUAAAUAAAUGAUUCUGACGCCCUAUCUUAGUCACUGGCAUCCAAUGAUUGGUUUCCAAUGAGGAAAAAAUUAUGAUAUUGCCAGAUGUGAUUUGGAAACCCUGCCCUGUGAAGAACAAGUAAUAUAUUAAUACAGAGCAGAGAUUUUUUUUCUUCUUUGACGUAACAAUGAAAUACUAAAAGAGUCAUUCAUUUUAUGUUUACCCUCAUCCUAGUGGACGUGGAACGAUUAUUUUUUAGAAGAAUUUUAAAUAUCUGGCUUGGAAAAUGUUUGGAAUUAAACUGGAAAAAUCCA